CCGUACGUGUACCGCUCCCCGUGCGCUGCGGUUGGGCCGCUCUGAGCAGACUACCACACAGGGCCAUCUCUAGGACUGAGAUAUCCACCUUGGCCCCUGAGCCCACCAUUGCAGCUGGAGAAUGAACCAGCCGCAGAGGAUGGCGCCUGUGGGCACGGACAAGGAGCUCAGUGACCUCCUGGACUUCAGCAUGAUGUUCCCCCUGCCGGUGGCCAAUGGGAAAGGCCGGCCCACUUCCCUGGCUGGCACCCAGUUUGGAGGCUCAGGUCUGGAGGACCGGCCCAGCUCAGGUUCCUGGGCCACUGGCGACCAGAACAAUUCCUUUGACCCCAGCCGGACGUACAGCGAAGGUGCCCACUUCAGUGAGUCCCAUGGCAGCCUCUCUUCGUCCACAUUCCUGGGACCAGGGCUUGGAGGCAAGGGUGGUGAGCGGAGCACUUAUACCGCCUUCGGGAGAGAUGCAGGUGUUGGGGGCUUGACUCAGGCUGGCUUCCUACCCAGUGAGCUGUCCCUCAGCAGCCCCGGGCCACUGUCCCCCUCAGGCGUCAAGAGCGGAUCUCAGUAUUACUCUUCCUACCCGAGCCACACUCGGCGGAGAGCUGCGGACGGCAGCCUGGAUGCGCAGCCCAAGAAAGUCCGGAAAGUGCCGCCAGGUCUUCCAUCCUCGGUGUACCCACCCAGCUCAGGUGAUGAUUACGGCAGGGACGCCACCCCCUACCCAUCUGCCAAGACCCCCAGCAGCACCUACCCGGCCCCCUUCUACAUGGCAGAUGGCAGCCUGCACCCCUCGGCCGAGCUCUGGAGCCCCCCAGGCCAGGCGGGCUUUGGGCCUAUGCUGGGUGGGGGCUCGUCCCCCCUGCCCCUCCCGCCGAGUGGCGGCAGCUCUGUGGGCAGUGGUAGUAGCAGUGGGUUUGGUGGCCUGCACCAGCACGAGCGCAUGGGCUACCAACUGCACAGCGUGGAGGUGAAUGGUGGGCUCCCGGCUGUGUCCACUUUCUCGGCCCCCACAGCUGCCUAUGGCAGUAUUGCCAGCCACACGCCCCCCGUCAGUGGGGCCGACAGCCUCAUGGGCUCUCGAGGGACUACAGCUGGCAGUUCUGGGGACGCCCUUGGGAAGGCACUGGCCUCGAUCUACUCUCCGGAUCACUCAAGCAAUAACUUCUCGUCCAGCCCCUCGACCCCCGUGGGUUCCCCACAGGGUCUAGCAGGGACGUCGCAGUGGCCCCGAGCAGGAGCCCCCGGUGCCUUAUCCCCCAGCUAUGAUGGGGGUCUCCAUAGCCUGCAGAACAAGAUGGAAGACCACCUGGAUGAGGCCAUCCACGUGCUCCGCAGCCAUGCCGUGGGUACCUCAGGCGACAUACAUGGACUGCUGCCCAGCCAUGGAACAUUGGCCUCGGGCUUUGCUGGCUCCGUCAUGCCACUGGGUGGACGGCACACCAGCUUGGUUGGAGGCAGCCACUCGGAGGACAGCCUCUCCGGCAAUGGCAGCCUCAUGCACAACCACGUAGUCCUCCCCAGCCAGCCCAGCACCCUCCCUGACCUCUCUCGGCCACCCGACUCCUACACUGGACUUGGUCACAGGGCCACCGCCUCAGGUACCGGCGAGAUCAAGCGGGAGGAGAAAGAGGAUGAGGAGAAUGUGUCAGUAGCCGACAACUCAGAGGAGGAGAAGAAGGAGCUAAAGGCCCCCCGGAUCCGGACCAGCCCGGACGAGGACGAGGACGACCUUCUCCCCCCAGAGCAGAAGGCUGAGCGGGAGAAGGAGCGCCGGGUGGCCAAUAACGCUCGGGAGCGACUGCGGGUCCGAGACAUCAAUGAGGCCUUUAAGGAGCUGGGGCGCAUGUGCCAGCUGCACCUCAACAGUGAGAAGCCCCAGACCAAACUGCUCAUCCUGCACCAGGCCGUGUCGGUCAUCCUGAACCUGGAGCAGCAGGUGCGAGAACGUAACCUGAACCCCAAAGCAGCCUGCUUGAAGCGACGAGAAGAGGAGAAGGUGUCAGGUGUGGUCGGAGACCCGCAGAUGGUGCUUUCAGCCACCCACCCAGGCCUGAGUGAGGCCCACAACCCUGCUGGUCAUAUGUGAAAGGUACGCCACCGUCAGCUAAGUUGACCCGACCUCAGUCUAACCUGGGAUGGUCACACAAGGUAUCAGGUCCAUCGUCAAUGUGGGCCAGCCGGUCCACACCUCACACAAGCCUGUGGUCAGUGUUGAGCCAACACCAACCUAAGGAAGCUGCAAGUGAUGGGAGCCCUGGAGGCAACAACUGGGUCUAGGAGCCCUCCCAGGCACCCUGCUGUAUCCACCCCCAGGCCUCAGCCACCCCUAUGCCCUGGGACUUGCCUGAUGGAUCCUGAAACUGCAUCUUGGCCUUGCUACCCAAGCUCUGGCCAAAAGAAGCUUUCUUUCUUUCUUUUUUUUUUUUUUUUGGUAAAAACUGGAAAGCAAAUGAAAUAUACAAUACACUUUGUCAGAAAAGGAAAAAAAUGCCUUAAGUAUAAAACAUGGAAAAGUUGAAACAUAUCACUCGCUGGAGAGAAACUCUGUGAAAAACUGGCUUGUUCUUUAAAAGCCACCAGCAAAUUGUGCCUAUGCCUGAUAUUUUUUUUAAGGGAAAUAAAAUGCUAGUUAUGAGAAUUUUUUUUUUUUUUAAUGUAGAAGAAAAUUAGCAAGGAGGAUGCCUUUGGUCUUUUUUUUUUUUUUUUAGCUUUUUUUGGCGUAUGUUUUGUAAGCAACAAAUGUUU